AUCCAGAUUAUCCCUUCACCUCGCCACCAAAUGGGAUCCCAGCCAGAGCGCAACUUUGACAUCGCCGUCGUCGGCGGCGGUAUCGCUGGCCUCACACUCAUCAUCAGCCUCCUCCGCUCAGGCAUCAAGGCCACCCUCUACGAAUCCGCCCACGCCUUUGGCGAGAUAGGUGCUGGCGUAUCAUUCGGGGCCAAUGCUGUCCGAGCCAUGCGCCUUAUUGAUCCUCGGAUCGAAGAGGGCUUCAACAGACGAGUCACUGUCAAUCAAUGGGAGUCAAAGGAGCGCACUUGGUUCGACUUUCGGGAAGGACAAUACAAGCCUGGAAAGGACAAGGGUAACGACAGCGAAAGCUUUGCGACCAUCCAUGCGGAUGUAGGCCAGACGAGCGUGCAUCGCGCGCACUUUUUGGACGAAAUGGUCGAUCUCGUGCCCGAAGGUGUGGCCAAGUUUCACAAACGACUUGUGGGUGCUGUAGAGCACCAGGAGGACGGGGUGACUCUCAAGUUCCAAGAUGGGACCGAGGCUCAGCACUCGGCAGUCAUCGGAUGCGAUGGGAUCAAGAGCGAGUUGCGAAAUGUAAUUUUGGGCGAUGAUGCUCCAACGGCUCACGCAGUAUUCUCGGGAAAGUAUGCUCACCGUGGGUUGAUCCCAAUGGAGAAAGCGAGAGAGCUACUGGGGGACGAGCUAGCGCAAAAUGCGCAGAUGUAUACGGGAUAUCACGGACACGUCUUGACGUUCCCGAUUGAGAAGGGCGAUAUAAUGAAUGUUGUCGCCUUUAGCAGCAAAAAGAAGUGGGAUGACGAUCGCUGGGUCGUGCACACCACCAAAGAAGACAUGUACGCCGACUUUGAAGGGUGGAGCGACCACGUCAAAAGCAUCCUCACCCUGAUGGAAAAUCCCGAUAUCUGGGCUCUCUUCAACCAUCUUCCUGCUCCCACCUACCACAAAGGUCUCAUGUGUAUCAUCGGCGAUGCUGCGCAUGCCACUACCCCGCACCAAGGGUCUGGAGCGGGCAUGGCCAUUGAAGACUCUUAUAUCAUGGGUGGUCUGCUGGCAGAGGUAUUUGACAAGAAAGACCUUCCCGCCGCGUUUCAGGCUUUCGACGUGGUGCGCAGACCUCGUACGCAAAAGGUCGUAACAACAAGCUAUGAGGCUGGCCAGCUAUAUGAGUAUGAGCUGCCGGGGGUCGAAGAUGAUUUGGCCAAGAUCAAGGACAAUCUCGAGGCGCGUAUGGCGUGGAUAUGGAGCGAGGAUUUGCCGCGAGAGCUGGAGAUUGCGAGACAACAUCUGCGCAGGUCCCAGUGAAGAUAUUGAUCAUACAAUAAUUGAUACAAUGCAUAGUGAUGCUCACCCU